AAAGGGAGCAGCUCGUGGAACGCCGCGCGGCGCGCCGUGCUUGUCCUCGCGUGCUUGUGUCGCGUCUCGAGCGCUCAGCGCAGCCAUUACGACAGAGAGCCGCUCGGUGACGCUCGGUAACGUUGUGUAGUAAAUCGCGAGCGCGACGAUAGCGUGACCACGUUGUUGUUACACGCGUGAAUUGACGCAGUGAAUUUCGCCGACGCCGUCUGCCGCGUAAUACGGGCGUAACAGCAGAGGGUGAGCACGUGUGCGCACGCAAGAGACAGAACGAAUUAACGUAAGGUCGAUCGGCCGCUGUCGCCACUGAACUCCGAAGGGGGUUGGCGUUACGCGAGUGAGAACGAGGAAGCGCGGAAGCUGCCGAACGUGACUCCCGAACGUGCACGACACACGGCUGUCGCGUCGUGGAACCUGGAGACUGUACAAAACGAAUUCGGUUUGUGACUGGACCGGUUGACGAUCGAAACGCGUGUGCGUGAGUACUUAGGGCGAAUAGUCGAUUGAGAAAAAGGAAAGAGGGCUAACGCACAGUCACCGCCACCGCUACCAUGUUUGACGUGUUCGGCUCUGUGAAGGGGCUGCUGAAGCUCGAUACCGUCUGUAUCGACAACAAUGUAUUUCGACUGCACUACAAGGCCACCGUGGUUAUAUUGAUCAUCUUCUCCCUAUUGGUGACCUCUCGACAAUAUAUUGGCGACCCGAUCGAUUGUAUCGUCGACGAAAUCCCGUUGCAUGUGAUGGACACCUACUGCUGGAUCUAUUCCACUUUCACGAUCCCGGAUCGAACCGGCAUAGUGGGCAAGGACCUGGUGCAACCGGGAGUUGCCGCGCACGUCGAGGGCCAGGAUCAAGUCAAGUAUCAUAAGUACUAUCAGUGGGUCUGCUUUACUCUCUUCUUCCAGGCGAUCCUUUUCUACGUUCCACGCUAUCUCUGGAAAACGUGGGAGGGUGGCAGGAUCAAGAUGCUGGUGCUGGAUCUCAAUUGUCCGGUAGUCAGCGAAGAUUGUAAGAGCGACCGGCGUAAAUUGCUAGUCGACUAUUUCACUUCAAAUCUGCACUCGCAAAACUUCUACGCAUAUCGCUUCUUCCUGUGCGAAUUGUUGAAUUUCAUCAACGUGGUCGGCCAGAUCUUUUUCAUAGACUUCUUCCUGGAUGGCGAGUUUACCACGUACGGCUCCGAUGUCAUCAAGUUCACGGAGAUGGAACCUGAGGAACGUAUCGAUCCCAUGUCCAAGGUGUUUCCGAAGGUUACUAAGUGCACAUUCCACAAAUAUGGUGCAUCUGGUACAGUGCAGAAGUUUGACGGGCUUUGCGUGCUCCCGCUCAAUAUCGUCAACGAGAAGAUCUACGUGUUCCUCUGGUUUUGGUUCAUCAUCUUAUCAAUCCUGAGCGGUCUUAGCCUGCUCUAUCGUGCAGCAGUAGUACUUGGCCCGAAACUGCGAAACGUGCUGUUACGAGCACGCUCGCGUCUCUCGCCGCAUGACCAAGUUAAAAUCAUCAGCGACAAGUGUCAGAUCGGCGAUUGGUUUGUUCUCUAUCAGCUCGGUAAGAACAUCGAUCCAUUGGUGUACAAGCAACUCGUCGCUGAUCUUGCAACUAAGCUGCAAGGCAAGGAGAAUGUGUAACAUCAAGCAAUCGAGAAGGAUCUCUUCAAGGAACGUUUCCACUCAAGUCCUCUGGAAGGUUCCUUAUCUCUCUCCCUAAGUGAUAACCCUGCUCGACAUAGGGAAGAAGCAAACGGUAGGAUGUCUCUAAAUUGGAGAUGAGAGUAAAAGAAUGUAGAGAGAGAGAGAGAGAGAGAGAGAGAGAGAGAGAGAGAGAGAGAGAAUGAGGGAGGAAGACAGCCAUAUCGAUAAUGCAGAUAUAAAAUGGAGGAUCGAAAAAAUUGUAGAAUUUUAAGCUAAAUUGCAUCGACGACUGUCUGAUUUAGGACUUUGCUUUUCUAUAUUUUAUUCGUAAUAU